AUGACUCGCAGAACCAAGAACGCUGCCCGCAAGGCCCGGGAGAAGGCCGCAACUGAGGAAGGAGGCGCCAAGCUGCAGAACUUGGAGAAGAUGAUGGGCGAGCUCACCAUCAAGAAGGAGGAGGAGGCUGAGGGUGAGGAGAAUGGCAAUAAUGGAGGCGAAGGAGGCGCCGAUCUCCGCGACAUUGAGGAGAUGAUGAUCCAGUUGAACAUCAAGAGGGAGGAUCAUGCAAACGGAGGCAGCAACGACGACGGUCAUGAUCAGAAGGGUAAUGAUGCGAUCUUGGAUUGUGUUGAGCUGAAGGAGGCCUUGGAUGACCUCAAGAACCCCAAGAACAUCGAUCCUAAUGAGGAGAAGAAGGCGAACGGCGAGAACAGCGCGCCAAGGAUGAACAGGAAGCUGACCGAGAAGGAGCAGGCGAAGGUUCAGACGAACCUCGUCGCGCGCUGGGAGGAGUACUUUGGCAAGAGAGAGCUGGCCGACUGGCAGCGUCUCUGCGGUGAUCUGGGUCUGGAAGCGGAUCUGCCCACCAAGACCCAAUGUCGAAAGGCCCUGAAGACGGUCCACGUCAGCAUCAAGCAGUUUCUCAGUGUCGAGAACCGACCGGGCGAGGUUGAGUUCUUCAAGAAUCCCUCCCAGCUUGGACGGUAUUGCCGCAAGAACCGCAUGUUCAUGUCCAGCAAGGAGCUUCCCAAGGGUGAUCCGCUCCGCUCCCUACGGCGCAAGAUGAGAUUUUAA